CAAGGUCCAGGCUUUAAUUUUUUGUAAUGUUUUAUGGGAUAUUUCUGAUGUAAAACAAAUUCCUUUACAGCUUCGAUAAGAAAACGUGUAAAUUCGUCUACUGUGAACUGUCACUCUCUCUUAGGGUCAAGACUCCACACUUGUGUUGCUUUCAACCAAUCAACUAUCAAAUAUUGCAAUACAUUUACAAAAAGCAGUGUUUGUUUUGGAAAUAUUAAAUCAUAAUUUCACGUGGAAAUUUAGAUGAUCCUUCAAUUAAAUUUUUUAAAUACAAAUAUUCUAAUUAUUUCACUUGCAGCAAAUGGUUUUUAAACGUGGAGCUCUAAUUGUAUUAGAAGGAUGUGAUCGAUGCGGCAAGACAACGCAAUCUAAGAAAAUUUAUGAAUAUUUGGUAAACAAUGGUAUUAAAUGCAGACAUCUUUCAUUUCCUGCUCGAAAUACGCCCAUAGGGUCGAUAAUUAAUUCCUAUUUGGCUAAAAACCUUGAAAUAUCCGAUGAAAGUAUUCAUCUUCUAUUCUCAGCAAAUCGAUGGGAGCUCAACAAGGAAAUAAAAGAUUCCAUUCAAAAUGGCACAAAUUUAAUUGUGGACAGAUAUUCGUACUCGGGAAUUGCAUUUAGUACUGCCAAAGGUUUAGAUUAUGAGUGGUGUAAAGCACCAGAGGUCGGUUUAUUAAAACCGGAUUUAGUGAUUUAUUUGAACACAAAUCCAGAAAUCCUAGCCAAUCGUGGUAAUUAUGGUGAAGAAAGAUAUGAGAAAGUUGAACUGCAAAAUAGUGUAAAAAAUGUGUAUAAUAAAAUGAUAAAAGAACAAGGUACAAAUUGGUUACAUGUUGAUGCAGACGACAGUGUCGAAAAUGUGUUCAAAAUAUUAAUUGAAAAAGUUCUUGUCACGAUUGAUGAAGCUGCAAGCAAACCAACUGAAUUGAUAUGAUAAUCUAGUAAUUCCAUUAGAUAUGUAUUUCCUUUAACAUAAUUUUCAAAAAAAAUUAUUAAAAUUAUUGUAUUCACGUAAUCGUAAAAUUAUUAUAUAAAUUAUGAAAUGUACAUAAUGCAUUUAUUAAAAUGGAUAUAAAAUUAAAACUUUUAGAACAAAAAGAAAAUGUUUAGACAAUAAAUUUUUUUAGAUAAAUGACGUAAGCUAAAUACUAAGUUUUUAAAAAUUAAUAUUUUUACCAUGUACUUUUUUAAAUUGUAAUAAAUGCAGC